AUGGAUCUUCCCUCCGUGCAAAUCGCCUUGAACCAUAUUGACCCAACCGAUUCAGACAUUUCUGAUCCGCCUGAGGAUGCUGAUAACACGGAUGUCGACAUGCUUGAGGAGGACUCCACCCACGCAGAGGCCAGGAUUCCAGCUAAACCCAAGGCGAUCUCAGUCUCUGACGAGGAACUAAUGCACGGCUUUUCGAGUCCAGAAGACGACCAGUCUCUCUCAGCUAGGCCCAGAUCUCCAACGCCUUGCAGCAGCAAGUUUGAAGAAAUUCCUACUGAGGCAAGGGAGAUCAGCAUCCUCAAUAAGAUUGUGUCUCACCUACCGAAUGACAAGGACCUCCUCAACUUGAGUUGCUCAUGCAAGACAUUUGCUGCUCUCCUAGUGCCUAAAGAAUCGGCCAUCUGGAAAGAAAGAUUCCUCCUACGAUACGACUAUCCAUACAUCUCCGAUCCUAGGCAUUACAUUUUCGCGUAUCAACUUCGUCGAGCCGUGCUUCGCCAGUUCGUCGAAUUUACUGACCCCAAAGAUCCACGGCUGGGUGUACAGAUGGAUGUCCUAAGAGACAUGGUUAUUGAGGCGUACAAGUCACGACAGGCCCAUGUUCCUCCGCCAUCAACAUCUAAGAAUCUCGCAGCAUUCGCUUCUCCCCAUAACUCACCUUGGAUCCGCACAUUCUUAUCUUGUUUCUUCUUCCCAUGUCGUGGACAGAGAUAUGGCCAGCCGAAUCCGCUCUUUGACGCCAUUCAGCUCGUGCUCUCCCACCUCCUGUUGUCGCCGACAUCGCAACUAGCACACGUCAUCAAGUCAUCCCGGGGGAACUACGAUCUAGCUGUGGUAUACGCCUGGGACAGAUCCCUAGAAACUUUAUUCCGCGAGUCCGCUGCGGGAGAAGAGCAUUCCGAGCCCACCCUACUUACAUAUCAAGAGCGACGGAAUCUGAGAAAGCAUUCGCUGCCAGACAGCUUCCUCCUCGAUACGCACGCAUUACUCCACAUACGCAACUUUUGGCACCGUCAUCUUAUUGAAGAGCGACAGGGUUUUGGAUCAGCCGGCAUGGUUGAGAACACCUACAGGCAUAUGGCGAAAGACCUAACGCGUGCUGGGAUCAAUUUGAAGAAGUGGGACAAGCACUUGAAUGACGAUGACUUGCAGAUCGCCGUUGAAUGGUAUGGGCACUACAGCACCCUGGCCCAGUGGCCGAAGAAGAAACAAGAGCUCGAAGAAGUGCAAAGUUUAGCGGAGGACUGGCAGAGGGUGGAUCCUCUGAAACUCGACUUCACCGUCAGCGACGAUAAUGACGAGGAUGGCUUCUGGCCACCUAUAUUCGCCAAUAUCCCAAUCUUUCAGAACACGAUUCCAGGCCUCGACUCGGACUCUGCCUCGUGCAGCUUUAUUCGAGGUCUAGCCCCAUUUGUCGUGCUAUCCUCGCCCAACGACAUGAGAACACCACCAGAUUCACAAAGUGGCACACGGCUACCGAAAUAUCAUCCCUACUUGGCGAUGCGGCUUCGAGGUGUCGUCCAUUCGAUCCCAGCGCAGCCGCGAUUGAACAGCAUCCCCGGGUGGAGACGCAUAAUCAUGGUGCUGUACAAGCCUACAUGUCGCCACCUAAUCCAAGUCCUCGAGCACGCGGAGCAAGAAUAUGGCGACAGCUUCACAACGACGAUUACGACGCAGAUGGCCCAGAGUGGUACGAGCCAUCCUCAAGUCGCUCACAUCCUCAAUGGCGUGGGCGCAGCAGGGCAACAACUUGACCCUGCCGAGAUCGACGCACACCUCACUACUCAUCUGUGCAACAAACUUCUCAAUAACCAGCUCUGGCGCGACGGGUCGAAAUUCGACAAGGAUGUAGUCGAAGAGAUGGAGGAGAAGUAUCGACUGAGUGAGUACCUCGACUGGAACGACAUCGACUAUGCCUACGCUUACGAGGGCUCUAUCCUCCCCAGCGGGAAGAUCAUGAUGGGACGGUGGUGGCGCCUGGCUAUGAAUGGGGAGGGAGAUGGGUCGGAGUGGAGUGAUGCGCUCGAUGAGGUAGACGAGGGUGAUGCUAUGGACCUGGAUGAGGAAGCGGGUGUGGCUGAUGGAGGGCAGAAUGGCAAUGGAGCGACGCAUGGGAACGGCAUUGGCAGUGGCAGUGGCAGCGGCAGCGGCAGCGGCACCGGGAGAAGUCGAUUCAAGAAGUUGGAGCGAGGACCUUUCAUCUUCUGGUGCUGA